AUGGUAUCAGUGUUUUCCAUCUGCAUCACGUUACCUGUUGCUUACAAAUUUGCCGAAACCGCAAAGACUCGCCUUACAGAAGAAUCCGAGUACUGCAGGCUUUCUAUUCAUGAAAUUUCUCGAGAAGUGACUGACUUGAAUGGAAUAAACAAGCUAAAUCGUACUGCUCGGGCUACCAACCUCCAUUCACGGCAAGCGUAUCAAGGCUCGGCAGGGAGCGGCCACGAAGGAAGCGGUGAAAGGAUCAUAUGCACUCCAGGCCCUCCAGGAGUUGCAGGAAAGCCUGGUAAGCCUGGACGCCCUGGCAAGCCAGGGGUUUCUGGUCUGUCAGGCGCCCCAGGAAAGCCACCACAAGCGCCCUGUGAUCCGAUUACUCCGCCUCCGUGCAAACCGUGUCCAAGAGGACCUCCUGGUCCUCCAGGCCCCGCCGGUUUUCCAGGUGAGCCUGGAGUCCCUGGUGAAAUAGGGGUACCUUCCACACCAGGAGAAGCAGGACCCCCAGGACCACCUGGUCCCCAAGGUACUCCUGGAAAUGAUGGACUGCCAGGGACGCCUGGUGCUCCAGGUGCUCCAGGUGAGUCAUCUAAUGCUGUUGAAGGAGAACCCGGACAUCCUGGACCCCCUGGGCCACCAGGUGCACCCGGAUCUGACGGAGAAGGCGGAGUGCACUACGGGCCUGGACCGACGGGACCACCAGGACCAAAAGGAGCUCCAGGUGCCCCUGGAUCAGAUGGUAAUCCUGGACCACCUGGUCCACCAGGAAAAGCAGGAAGUGAAGGAGAGAGAGGCAUAUGCCCUAGAUACUGUGCCUUGGACGGUGCAAUUUUCUUCGAAGACGGCUCAAGGAGACGGUAA